AUGUCGUUCGAUACAAAUCAAGUUAACGCCGCUUCAUUGAUAGCAACUUGCAAUCAGCACAUGUAUGGUGGCCCGAAGGCGCACGUUCUCCAUUUCCCCGUCGCGAAGCAAAAACUGCUCAAUAUCGUUGGGUUUGUCAAUGAUCCUACAGACUGGCCGCUCGGACAGCCAAUGUCGGAGCCUGCGACAAAGGACGAAGUUGCGCUCGUGUUUUCAGACUGGGGCCCGACAGUGAGGUCGAUCAUCGACCUUUUGACGUCGGAAUUGGACAAAUGGGCCGUGUUCGAUGCGAUGGACCAUCCGGCCCCUUCCUAUUCCCGUGCGAGAAUCUGUAUCGCGGGUGAUGCUGCCCACGCUUCUUCUCCGCACCAUGGUGCAGGUGCAGGGAUCGGGAUUGAAGAUGCCCUCGCUCUAUGUGAACUCUUGGACCGGGUUCAGAAGGACCGCAUAGCUCACGGCCGGAGCGAUCGAUGGGCUCUGCUAGAGACAGCCUUCUCCGUCUUCAGUGAUGUGCGGUAG